CAAAGAAUGAACGAGAUAAUACAUCUACAACUGACAGUAGUAAUAUAUCUUUGACAAGUAGCGCUAUAUAAUUUAUAUAAAUCUAAUACUUUUAUAGAUAGUACAAGUAUGUCAGAUUCCCUAUCUGAUACGUCAACCGACAAUAGUAUCAACGAAUUAAAUACAAUAAAGUCUAUGGAAGAAAGAGUAAAGAAUGUGUUUGAGUUGCCUUCAAAUGAUAAACUGAUAAACAGAUUUUCCUGCUACAUGAUCAGAAUUGUUACUUUACCCGGUUGGAUGUACAUAACUAAUCAGCACAAAGGCCCGCAUAAAACAGGUUAUUUGACUAAAAAGAAUCACGUGAAUUCACCCCGUAGCUUUCGUUACUACUUUGAACUUUCUGGCCACGUCUUAUCAUGGUAUGAGUCUGCUGAAUCAAAAUAUCUUCCUUUAAACAGUAUCGACCUUGUGGGCGUCAUUCGAAUUGACAUGUAUAAACCAAAGAAAUUCGGAAUUCGAUUACAAACAGACACAGGCCGCUAUUUUUUGUUUGCAGAUUCACAGGUCUCUCAAAAAGAAUGGUUUGACGAACUGAGAAAGGGUAUAUUUCUUGCACAGAACUCAGGUAGUAGUAUACGUGUUGCCUUGCCACUAGCAAAUGUGAUUGCAAUUGAAAAACCAUCCGUCUUUCAGUUUGCUGAGAAUAUCAAGAUAAGUAUUUCAGACGGCGAUGAUGAGGGGGAAGACAUAAAAGAGUACUAUUUUGCCUUCUUUCCUAAUAUUGAACUCGCUUAUUGCCAUAUCGUGGAUGCGUGGAAAAACAAUCCAAAAUACAAGGAUAGAGUGCAGCAACAGCAACAGCAACAGCAACAGCAACAGCAACAACAACAACAACCAACUUCUCCUACAUAUAGUUCCUUUUUAAGCUUUGACAACUUCCUACAAAACAUCUCUCCUGCUGCUCUCCCAACUGUGUUUAUGAAUAAGAUAAUUGGACAGCAUCAAAAUGAGGAAGAGCCUGAAGAAAGUUUGAGUCAAGCUUCGGAUACGACAUCCCAACAAUCGUCCGUUACAGGACGACAUCACCGAAGUGGCUCUUUAAGUACAUUGAGACAAUAUAUAACGCCUAGCUAUCUCUAUAAUAAGAUCAGUAACUCUCAUGAAGGCUCAAAUCCUAAUAAUGCAGCAACAUACUCUACGUCCUUAACUUAUUUAAAACCACAGCCAAGUAAGUCCAGACAUUACCGAGCAACAAGUAUAAGCUCGUUACUAUCGAGUGGACAUAAAGGAAAGACCCUUUCAAAAGAUCACCCAGUGGGCGAAAUAUGGGUUAGCCCGUGUCUAUCUGGUCUAUUAAAGAAGCAUUACCAAGUCCCAAUAAGUCAGCAUAAAUCGCCUUAUGAACUGGAGCAGGAGCAAGCAGCCAUGAAUAAGCGACUGGAUAAGCACUUUCCUAUGCUAUUAAAUGUGGAAAAAGUAGAUGCAACUUUCAAAUGCUCAUUUUGGCGUACUAUACCACAUUAUGGGAGAAUGUAUAUUACCGAUCGACACCUCUGUUUUUAUGCAAAUGUUGCAGUUGGGAAGCAAAAAUUAGUCGUACCUUGGAAAGAUGUAGUUCAGGUCAAUAGGAUGCAUUCAAAGAGUUUCCAUCUUGUCUAUGGACUAACAAUGACAGUUAGAGAUAUGCCAGAUGAGGUAUCUAUAUAAAAAUGCUUGGUGACCAUAACAUGUACACAAA